AUGGCGCCUACGCUAUCGGACAGGGGAGCCGUGGCUAUCCCCAGGACCCCCUACAUAGUUACUAUCAGUACUUCGGUUGAGAAGCCCACUCAGCGAGUUAGGGACCGUUCUCGACUAGGCGCCAGCAAAGCGGUUGGUAAGGGAGAAUUUGAUGGCGAGCUGGCCAGGAUCCCUCCCCCCGAGCAGGCUUGGCCCGGGGAGAAGCCUCUUUUCCCGACGGCUGGGCCGAUGUGGUAUUGCAGGGAACCCCGGCGGGCAGCAUUGAAAAUCCACCCACACCGGUGCUCAAGUUACAUGGUGGAAGAACUAAUCCAGGUCCAAGAAGGUCCAGAAAAACAGUGCAGCAUGGCGAGCAAGUUUUGGCGAAGGACACUUACUCACCUCGAGUCAACUCCACACCCGACUCUUCUAGCUACUAGUGAGAUUCCCAAGGAAUUAUCAUAA